AUGAUUGACUAUUUGGGGACUAGAUAUGAUUAUUCUUCUGUAAUGCAUUAUGGACCCUUAGCAUUCAGUAAAAAUGGGAAGCCAACAAUCGAACCUAAAGAGAAAAGUGUAACUAUUGGUCAACGUUUAGGAUUUAGUCCGACAGAUUUAUACAAAGUGAAUAAGCUCUAUAAUUGUCCAAAUUCAAACACUAAUCCACAACAACCACAGACAUCUCAACAACAAAAGCAGCAACAACUACCUGUUCCUAUUUCGGUUGUUUCUACUUCUGGAAGCAUUGCUUCAAGUAAUAGUAAAUGUAUAGAUUUGUUGAAUGAAUGUCCAUAUAUAGCUAAUAAAGGUGGAUAUUGAAGUUUUUAAUAUUUUGAAAUAGAUUGGAAAAAAUUCUCUCGAUAUCCGUGUUGAGACAGAGGAGGAUUUGGAGAGUAAGUUGGAGGGGUGAGGGGGCUGAUAUUGAGUGAUUAAUAAUUUAGCCGAAAUAUUGAUGAAUUCCUACGAUAUUCCUCCAAAUCCUUAAUGACCCGGUACCACCUCAAAUUCUCCUUAGACCCUCGAUAUGCCUUAAGAUCCUCCUCAAUCACCUCGUAUCACUUUAAAUCCUCCUAUAUUCCUCUUAAUCUCCCCCUUUCAAAUAUCACUCGAUCU